AUGUAUUUAGAUACUGUCCUUAUUGCUGGAAAUCGACUAUAUAGUCACAUUCAUGGUAAUAAUGAUCACUUAUUUAUAUCAGACUUACCAGAAAUGGUAGAAAUAUCCGGAAAAGUAGUAAAAAUAUUAAGAAAAGAAUCAAUAACAGCUGUUAUAGAUUCCUCUAGAACUAUUGAUUUUAGUGAAUUUGGAAAUUCUUUACCACUAGACCAAGCUUUACAAGAAUCUCUCAUAGAUUGUGAUGCUUGCUUUAUAUGUGCAUAUGAUACUACUGUUGUAGUCAUAAAACAUAAUCAAGAUUUUUAUUUGUUUGAUUCACAUGCACGUGAUAAAUUUGGUUUACAACACAAUGACGGUAAAAGUUUACUAUUAAAGUUAAACAAUCUUGAUCAUCUGUAUCAAUACUGUUGCAACAUGAAAGCUGGAGCAAGUCAAAACCAGUGGUUUGAAACAACUGGAGUCAACAUUGAUUUUUUGGGGGAGGAUCCUAGACAACAGAGCUUUGUAGAACUUCCACAUGUUCCAAGAGAUGAUAAUCACUUGAUGAAAGUAUAUGACAAUAAACCAGAAAUAAGAAACAUCAAUGCCUCAAAUGAAGUACCAAAAAAUCGAAGUGGCAUGCCCAAAAUAUCAUCUCAACUACAUGUUCUUGAUUCAGAAGAUUUUAAGGAAGAUUCUUAUAAUGUUACAAUGAAAAUUGAUGACACAAAGUCUGAUGUUGUUAUUACUGAUAAUGAAUCUGAUGUAGAAAUUUUAUCUGCAGGUGAUAUAAUCUAUGAUUUCAAACCCCUCAGUUUGGUUUUAAAAAGAAAGCUUUGUACAAUAAUGAGAAUAACAACCAAGCACAUAUUUAAACCAUUCUCUACAAACAUUUUUCAAAUGGGACCGCCAUCUGCUACAAAGACUAUCACAGGUGAUGGUAAUUGCCUUUUUCGGGCUAUUUCAUAUGCAAUAUCAAAUAGACAAGAGUUUUUUCAAACAAUAAGAAAGGCAAUAGUUGUUCAUUUAAUGAGGAAUGAAGAUAUGUUUAAAUCAUUUUUGCAGCCUAGAUUUAAAACUGUACGGGAGCAUUUACAAACUCUGAAAAUGGAUCAAUAUGGUGUAUGGGGAACAGAAUUAGAGAUAAUAGCUUGUGCAGAUCUUCUAAAAACAGACAUUUUCACUUUUUACCAUGGUUCUUGGAUUAGAUAUUCUUCAACUCAAAUAUGUAGCAAAAACAAUGUAAAUAUUCUGGCAAUUUAUCUUAAGCAUGACAGCAAUAUCAAUCAUUAUGAAGUUGUUACUGCUGUUACUCCCAUGUCUGAUUUAUCUUUUAACAGAUUACAAUCAGAAUCUAGUAAAGUUCAUAGGAAACGGCAUAUGCUUGAAAGGAGACCUGCUGUAAGAACAAAGAAAAUAAAUGUUGAGGAAAGUCAGAUUACUGAUAUUGAUAAUCAAUGUGAUGAUAGCUACUUAAAAUCAAAAGCCGGAAAACAAAAGAGAAAAUAUCAUUCAGACACUUCAUUUAAGGAAAAGAAAAAGACACAAGUACAAAAUGCAUAUUGGGAAAAUGAGGAAACUCGGUUGAAGAAGAUACACUCGGGCAAGGAAAAAUAUAAAAAUGAUCAGGUUUAUAGAGAAAAUUUAAUAGAUGCAGGUGUAAAAAAAUAUAGAGAGAAUGAUGACUACAGAGAAAAAUUGAUACAGACAGGUGUUAGUAAAUAUAAAACAGAUGAGGUGUACAGAGAAAAAUUGAUACAGACAGGUGUAAGUAAAUAUAAAACAGAUGAGGUGUACAGAGAAAAAUUGAAACUUGAAAGUAAGCACAGGUAUGAAAAUGAUAAUACACACAAACUCAAUAUUAUAAAACAAACAGCUACACGUCAUGAGAAAUCCAAAGAAGAAAACAAACAGAUAAAUGAAGUUAUAAGGAAAUUUAAAGAAGAAGUUGAGAAAGGACCAGAAUGUGUAUGUGCUUGUUGCUUAAGGCUUUUCUUUGAAAAACAAGUUCUCAACUGUAAAAUAGAUUCUUAUGAUGAUUCUUUAAAAGAACUAUGUAUUACAGACAGAUAUCAACACAAGUGUACAGAUGAUUGUGAAAAACCUUGUGGUUUUGAAGGAACAAGCAGAACAAGUCUUUGGAUUUGUUAUACUUGCCAUAGAAAAAUUUUGAGAGGUAAAAUACCUGCAGAUUCGUUUUCAAAUGGUUUAUUGCUAGAAGAUGUUCCAGUUGAGUUAAAACAGCUAAAUUCAAUAGAACAGCAACUUAUAGCACAGAACAUUCCAUUCAUGAAAAUUAUGGCCUUACCAAAGGGAGGACAAAAAGGGGUUCAUGGACCUGUAGUUUGUGUGCCUUCUGAUUUGAAAAAGGUAACUUCUAUAUUGCCUAGAUCUGAGGAUGAAAGUUUCUUACUGAAGGUAAAACUAAAAAGAAAGCUCAAGUACAAAGGAUAUGACAAAUAUCAGUUUGUAAGACCAAACCAUUUAGAGCAAGCACUUUUAUAUUUAAAAGAUAAAAACAUGUGGUAUAAAGAUGUUGCUAUCAAUAAUCAAUGGAUUAAUCCAAUUCCUGGAUCAAAUGAUGAUCAAGAUAUGAAUGAAAAAUCUGAUUCUGAUGAUACUGAGCUGGUUGAGAAUAGCAAAAAAGAGAAAGAUGUUAUUGAAAAAAUUAUUAAGUCUUCUACAACCAGCAAUGAAAGAGAAGAUGAAAGCGAACAAGACAGCUACAUUGAUGAUAGGUUACGUGGUGUUCAGUUAGAUACUUGUUUACAACCUGCUGAUAUUGGACAAGAGGCUUUAGAUUUAUGCUUUGAUCAAGUAUUUAAUGUAGCACCUGCAGAAAAUAAUAGUCCUUUGAGUGUUCUGCAAGAACAAGGAAUUGAGGCUAAAACCUUUCCUGUACAUUUUCCAUCUGGAAAAAAUACUUUUGAUGAAGACCGUGAUGAUAAACUGACAAUUGCACAGUACUCUAAACUUCGAUUGAUGAGUGUUGAAAAUAGAUUUGCAAGAGAUACAUCCUACAUAUUUUUCAGUCAAUAUUUAACAGAACUCAAUAGUGUGAUUUCAAAUGUACAAAUAUCUCUCAGAAAAGAAUGCCCAUUUUCGAAAGAAGGAAAGAAAGUAACUGGAGAAAUGUUGUGCAAUAAAGAAACCUUGAAAGAGUUGUUUAAAAAAGAUGAAGCUAUUAAAUAUUUAAAACCUAUUCGAGGAACUCCUCCAUAUUGGCAAAGUUCACAAAAAGAUAUAUUUGCAAUGAUAAGACAGUUAGGAGUUCCUACAUUCUUCUGUUCUUUUUCUUCUGCAGACUUCAGAUGGUCAGAAAUUGUAGACACAAUAUUAAAACAGCAAGGUGACAUGAGAAAUAGUGAAAAUAUGACAUGGGACGAAAAAUGCAAGGUUCUUUCCAGCAAUCCUGUUACAGCAGCUAGAAUGUUUGAUCAUAGAUAUCAUACUUUUUUAAAGGAUGUUAUCAUGUCAGAUGCUGAACCAAUAGGGAAAGUAAUUGACUAUUUUUACAGAGUUGAAUUUCAACAAAGAGGGUCUCCUCACACCCAUUGUUUAUUUUGGGUAGAAAAUGCUCCAAAAUUUGAUGAAGAUGAAAAUGAAGAAGUUAUUAGUUUUAUUGACAAAUACAUAACAUGUGAGAUACCAGAUGAAAAGGAAGACAAAGAGUUGCAUGAUAUUGUUAUGGCAGUACAUCAGCACAGUAAAAAUCAUUCCAAAUCUUGUAAGAAAAAAGGAACAGUAUGUCGUUUUAAUUUCCCAAGACCACCUUCAACUAGAACAUUCAUUUCUAAACCAAGUAAUCUAGAUAAGGAUUCAAAAGAAGAUGAAGAAGUAGCAAAGAAAAUAUUGUCUGACUUAUGGAAAGUUAUAAAAGAGAAUGAAGAUAAAAGUUUGAACGUAUCUGAAAUUUUCAAGAAGGCAGGUCUAACCCAAGAAAGCUUUGAAAAAUAUUUUUGUUUCAUCACCAAUCGAAACACAGUCGUUCUUAAACGUCAGCCAAAUGAAUUAUACACCAAUCAGUAUAAUCCACAUCUUUUAAAAGCUUGGAAUGCUAAUAUGGACAUACAAUAUAUUUUGGAUGCAUUUUCCUGUGUUGUAUACAUAAUAAGUUACAUAAGUAAAGCUGAGCGAGAGCUAGGAAUACUUCUCCAGCAGACCAAAAUAGAAGCCGAAGAAGGAAAUUUAAAUGCACAACAGACUAUGAAAAAAAUUGGAACCUCAUAUUUACACCAUAGAGAAAUAAGUGCACAGGAAGCAGUAUUUAGAGUAACUGGAUUAAGAUUAAGAGAAUGUUCAAGGAAAGUAGAAUUUAUACCAGUUGGUGAAAAUCCAUGUAGAAUGAGCAUUCCUUUGAAAGACCUAGAGAAGCAACAAAGUUACAAGACCUCAAAAAGCAAAAAGAUUAAUGGUGACAGCGAAGAUGAAGAUGAGAGUAAAAUUUGGUUGAACAAUAUAGUUGAUAGAUACAAAGGUAGACCACAUAUUGUUCUUUUUACCAAAAUGUGUCUGGCCAGAUUUGGUUCCGAAUAUAAUGUGUUAUGCAAGUCACAGUUACCAAAGAAAAUUAAUGAAGAAACAACCUUCAAACUUGAUGGUGACCUUGGAUAUAUUAGAAAACGUACAAGAACUUCACCUGCAGUUAUUAAAUUUCCACGUUUCUCACAGGAAACUUCCCCAGAGAAAUACUUUCAAAGCAUUUUGCAACUCUUUUUACCAUAUAGAUAUGAUGAACAGUUAAAACCACCUCUAUUUCAAACAUAUGAGAAUUUUUUUGCUUGUGGUGGAGUUAAGUAUCCUGGGGAUGAUGCUUUGAGCUCUGUAAAACAAGUCGUUACAAAAAACAUGUCUGAUUUUGUGAAAAAUGGUAAAGAUUUAGAGGAAGCAGAAAAACAAUUGCAUGAAAAAGAUCCAAAAGAAGAUGCUUGGUGUGAGUUAUGUCCAGAGGCAGAGGUGAACAGGAGAGAAUGUAUAGAUGAAGGGAAAGUAACUAGUGUGAUUGAAGAAGAUUUGUCUGAAGCAGCAAUACCAGAUUUGAAUAAUGAAAAGUGUUCAACAUCUGUAGGAACCAAUUUGCUCUCAGUUUCCCUCACUAAAAAUGAAAUUAUACCAAGACUUAGAAGCUUGAAUGUCAAACAGAGAAGAAUUCUUUAUAAAGUAAGAGAUUGGUGCAUUCAGAAAGCAAAUGGAAAAACACCAGAGCCUCUACAUUUAUUCAUUACAGGAGGAGCAGGAACAGGCAAAAGUCACUUGAUCAAGUGUAUACAAUAUGAAGCAACUCGAAUAUUGGCACAAACUUCUGAUAAUCCGGAUGAUCUUACAGUUCUGUUAACAGCCCCAACUGGAACAGCUGCUUUUAAUAUACAUGGAUUAACAAUUCAUAGUGCUCUUGGAAUUUUCAAAUCACUUUCACCCGACCAUGCCACUUUGAGUGAAGACAAAAUUAAUUCACUCAGAACAAAGUUAGAGAAUUUGCAAAUCCUGAUAAUUGAUGAAAUUUCAAUGGUCAACAAGAAAUUGCUGUUUUUCAUUCAUGAGCGACUAAGACAAGUAAAAAAAAGACCAGACAAUUGUUUAUUUGGGGGUGUUUCUAUAAUUGCAGUUGGUGAUUUUUAUCAGUUACCACCUGUUAGAACAAAAAGAGUAGACAAAUUGUAUGUAGAUGAUCCCUCUAAUCCCUCAAAUCAACUAUGGAAUGGUUUGUUUGAAAUUGCUGAGUUGGAUGAAAUAAUGCGUCAACGUGAGGAUGGCUUUUUUGCAGAACUACUAAAUAGAUUGCGUAUUAAGCAGAAAAAUGAAAGUUUGUCAUUAUCUGAUAAAGAAGCUUUAAAAGACUGCUUUGGUGAUGGACCGGAUGAAGCCUUACACAUAUUUUCUACAAAUGCAGAGGUUGACUCCUUUAACAAGGGGAUGAUAAUGAAGCUAUGUACAGAACCAAAACUAAUUGAAGCAGAAGACUAUGAAAAAAACAAAACAUCAGGGAAAUUGACUCUGAAAAAAGUCCAUUGUACAAAGUCAGAUGUCUGUCUUCCAAUAUCUAUUCUUUUAGCUGAGGGAGCAAGAGUAAUGCUUAUUAAGAAUGAGAAUACAGCAGAUGGUCUGGUAAAUGGUGUAAUGGGAACAGUUAUAUCUAUCAAAGACUACUCCCCUGAUUCUCUCCCUAGUACAAUAUAUAUUCACUUUGACAAUGAAAGAGUUGGAAAAAAUGCAAAGUUGCAGAAAUAUAUCAGUGGUCAACGCUGUGUUGCUUUAAAGCCUUCUAGCGAAGACAUUCCUUUGAGCAACUGUGUAAGAAAACAGUUUCCAUUAAAGUUAGCCUGGGCUUGCACUAUUCACAAAGUUCAAGGAUUAACAGUUGAAGAAUGUGUUGUUGAUCUAAAUAAAUGUUUUACAUAUGGUCAAGCAUAUGUUGCCCUUAGCAGAGUUACCUCAAAGUCUGGUCUUCACAUUAAAUACAUAGAGACAGAAAAAAUUGACAAGAAAAUUUUCUGUGAUCCUGAUAUUGUAAAUGGUGUUACAAAAAUGACAAGAUUUUUGCCUGAAGUUGAAAAUGAAAGAGAGGAACAAACUAACACUUUCAAGAUAAUGUAUCACAAUAUUCAAGGUUUACAAUCUCAUGCAGAAGAUAUGAAACAAAAUCCAGAUUUCAGGGGUGCUGAUUACAUUUGUCUUACUGAAACCUGGACUGACAAGGAAUUCAACUGCUUUGAGUUGAUUGGAUAUGAUGGUUUUCAUUUGCCAAGAUAUCUAGCUUUUGAAAAUGACAAUUCCUUUUAUUCCUCAUUAAAGGAAAUGCAACAUGGUGGUGUAAGUGUUUUAUACAAACUUUCUUCAGAAACUGAAAUAUGCAACUUGACCUCCAACUUAGAAUGUAUAGUGUUCAAUAUAACAAUUAAAAACGUUUUAGUUGCUACGGUCUACAGAACUCAAAAGUAUAAUAUAGGAAAAUUUAUGGAGAAGUUGGAGACAUUAAUCUGUAAGUUGGAAGAAUUAUCUGAAAAAAUUGUUGUAAUUGGUGAUUUUAAUCAAGAUAUUUUAAAAGGAAGUUGUACAGUAUUCAAUUUUCUGUCAUCAAAAGGUUUCCGACAACUUGUCAGUGGUCCUACUACUGAGGGCGGUACACUUAUUGAUCAUGUGUAUGCAAAAGGAUGUCCUGAUACAGAUGUUGCAAUUAUUCCUACAUACUACAGCUAUCACGAGGCACUGCAAAUAGUAAUUCCUAGUUAG